AUGAAUUGUCCUUCUAGACCCGACGAAAUUGAAGGUCACCCUGACUGGAAUCAGAAUCCGCACGUAUUGAGCUCAGACCUGACCACACGGGCCGACCUCAAUGGCCUCGUCAAUCUCAGAGCACAAAGAGGCCACGACUCAAAUCUUGACACCCAAGAAGAAGAUCGAGCGUGGAUGAGCUGGAAUAAUGCUUCCGAAGGCCCAUCCAAAAAUGAGACCGCCGUCCAUGUCGCCCUCAACCAAAGCCGGUUUGGGAGUACAAAUGCGUCGCCUGUCAAUCGACCCAUGCAGGAACCAACCCCAAAUCAAGGCUCUACUUCCAUCCUGUUAAAAAUUCGACAAGUCUUGGUCCACUACUCUAAAUUUGUCGGUCCAGGCUUCCUAAUCGCAGUGGCAUACAUCGAUCCUGGAAAUUAUGCAACCGACGUCGAGGCCGGUGCUGUCACUCGGUACCGUCAUCUCUUCAUCAUCCUCAUGUCAAAUCUGUUUGCCAUCUUCCUACAAUCAGUUUGCAUCAAGCUCGGCAGUGUCACUGGCUUAAACCUUGCCGAGAAUUGUCGAAGGCAUCUUCCAAGAUGGUUGAACUACGUUUUAUACGUUUUUGCUGAGUCGGCAAUUAUUGCCACUGAUAUAGCCGAGGUCAUUGGCUCGGCUAUCGCUCUGAACCUGCUGUUGAACGUACCCCUGGUCGCCGGGUGUGCCAUAAGCCUCGUGGACGUCCUGGUCCUCCUCAUGUUCUACAACCCAGAUGGGUCUAUGACCCGCCUUCGUCUCUUCGAAUGCUUCGUCAUGACCCUCGUCCUCGGCGUGGUGAUCUGUUUCUGCAUCCAACUCUCCUAUAUCCGUGACACAAGUGUCGGCCAAGUCUUCAGAGGCUAUGUUCCCUCGUCGGCCGUUGUGGAAGGGAACGGUAUCUAUCUCUCCUGUGGAAUUCUUGGCGCAACUGUAAUGCCGCACUCGAUAUUUCUCGGUUCUGGCGUUGUGCAACCGCGCCUCCGUCAGUUCGACAUUCAGAACGGUUACCACAAUACCAUUGGUCGAGCGGCAACAUCAACUUUCAUUCAGACUCAAGAUCUGGAGGAGAAAUACCGUCCCUCCAUCCAGGCAAUACGAUCAUGCCUUAAAUACUCCAUAAUCGAACUAGCGGUCUCCCUCUUCACCUUUGCGCUAUUCGUCAACAGCGCGAUCCUUAUUGUUGCUGGAUCAUCCCUCUACCCAAAGACCGAAGCCACUGAAGCAGACCUCUUUGGCAUUCACGACCUCCUCACGGAAACCCUUUCAAAAGUCGCGGGUGUGUUAUUUGCACUUGCUCUACUUCUCUCCGGAACCUCUGCUGGAAUCGUCUGUACCAUGGCCGGUCAAAUGGUAUCUGAAGGAAUGCUUCGCUGGACUGUGAAACCCUGGUUACGCCGUCUGAUCACGCGUGGAAUCAGCAUCGUGCCCAGCAUCAUCAUCGCCGGAUCUAUUGGAAAAAGUGGACUCAACCAGGCAUUAACAGCGACCCAAGUUGUCCUCAGCGUGAUUUUGCCAUUCGUUACUGCCCCGUUGCUCUGGUUCACCUGCCGAAGCCACAUCAUGACCGUUCGCGCUAAUGAGGAUGGAGGACAGGGAAGCCAUGGCGAAAACGUCAACAUGCGGAACGGAUGGAUCGUUACUAUAUUGUCGGUGUUGAUUUGGUUAGUGCUGGUGGUCAUGAACGUGGCGCUACUCGUCCUCGUGGGCUUGGGCAAGGCAUAA